AGUGAACUAACCUUUAUGAAAUAAGGAAAUGGAUGGGAUGGAUGAAACGUCUAAAAGAAUCCUAGAGCCGUACCAGUAUUUACUUCAACUUCCAGGUAAACAAGUGAGAACCAAGCUGUCACAGGCCUUUAAUCACUGGCUGAAUGUUCCAGAAGAUAAAAUACAGGUUAUCAUUGAAGUGACAGAGAUGUUGCACAAUGCAAGCCUACUUGUGGAUGAUAUUGAAGAUAACUCAAAGCUACGACGAGGCUUUCCAGUGGCACACAGUAUCUAUGGAAUCCCAUCUGUAAUCAACUGUGCUAAUUAUGUGUAUUUCCUUGGCUUAGAGAAGGUUUUAACCCUUGAUCAUCCAGAUGCUGUUAAAGUUUUUACCCGUCAACUCCUGGAACUCCAUAAAGGUCAAGGCUUGGAUAUUUACUGGAGGGAUACUUACACCUGUCCUACAGAAGCUGAAUAUAAAGCUAUGGUACUGCAAAAGACAGGUGGUCUCUUUGGAUUAGCUGUAGGCCUCAUGCAGCUGUUCUCAAAUUAUAAAAAAGACUUAAAGCCACUUCUUAACACACUUGGCCUCUUCUUUCAAAUAAGAGAUGACUAUGCCAACUUGCACUCCAAAGAAUAUAGUGCAAACAAGAGUUUUUGUGAAGACUUAACUGAGGGCAAGUUCUCUUUCCCAACCAUUCAUGCAAUUUGGUCAAGACCUGAAAGUACUCAGGUGCAAAACAUUUUACGUCAAAGGACGGAGAACAUAGAUGUAAAAAAAUACUGUGUACAUUACCUUGAAAAUGUGGGUUCCUUUGAGUAUACUCGGAAUACAUUGAAAGAGCUUGAAUGUGAAGCCUAUAAACAAAUUGAAUCACUUGGAGGAAACCCUGAGCUUGUAGCACUAGUUGAACAGCUGAGCAAAAUGUUCAAAGAAACUGAAAAUUAAAUUUAACUCCUGGGGAUGGAUUAAAGCUUCUUCUAAAAUGUGAAAAUAACUAGACUAUCUAAGAGGUGUGAUAAUCAGACUUGCUUAAUCUUUCCCUUGUACCCAUGUUACAGAAUUUACUGUUGUAAACAAUUUGUCACUGAGUAUUGAAAUACACACCCUGUUAUCUCUGUCUUAACUGUAACUGCUCACAGAUGGCUUUGUUAAAGCAGAUGUAUUAGAACUGAAACAAGUUUUGAAUCUAAAUGUGAUCAUCUCUACACAAUCAUCAGCAUU